AUGAACGAAUGCAAAGGGAACAAAUUGCUCGUAUGUUCCGAGAAACACGCAGAAUCUAUUAGCGAUGCCCUGGAUUUCAAUACCUGCGUGCUAUCAGAUUAUGAGCGUGUUCCUGAUGAGGGUUUGAUCGAGGAGUGUGCGCAGGAACAUAACAUCGAUUAUCAGAAGAUCAGUGAUUGUGCGAACAGUGAAGAAGGCCUGGAACUUUUGAUUAGCAGUGUCGAGCGUAGCGUUGCCGUGAAUGCGAAUGCUAGUUGCACUGUUCGUGUAGAUGAUAAGGAGUGGUGCUUCCGGGAUAACUAUGAGUGGAAGUGCCCGUCUGGUCAUGGUGUUGUGGAGAAUUUGGUUCAGGAGAUCGAGAAGUUGUCUGGGGAUGGGGAGGACGGAACUGAAUACCUGUAG